UGUCGCGUCUUUUGAGUUUUGGAGAAGUAAUGCUAGCAUAGAUGGGUUGUUGCAUAGCAAACUCUUUAUUCCAUUUCCAUGGGUGGAAGAGAAAUCCUCAGAGCCUAUUUGAUUGGAACAUAGGCAAGAGAAAUGCUGCUGAUAGGCCACAGCCUAAGUAUCAUGACAUUGAUCUUCCCUUCUCACCUUCUCUUGUUAACAACACUUUCUUAAAGGGCAGAGAGCUCAAGUGCUGUUACAGAGGCACCAUAGAUGGAUUUAGUGCAACAAACUUCCAUGAUUGCUGUGACUUCAAGGGACCAUGUGUGAUCGUAGGCUACACAAACAACACCUUCAAGUUUGGUGCAUUUAACCCUGAAGGCUAUAGAAGCACAGAUGAUUACUAUGAUACUUUUGAUGCAUUUCUCUUCUACUGGACAGACAAUGGAACAAUUGAUCCUAUUAUUUUACCCAAAGUUGGUGGCAGUGGUGCUGCCCUUUUUGAUUAUGCUAGGGGUGGACCGCAGUUUGGGGCUGAUGGGCUACUCAUUGGGCCUCCAUUAGCGCCAGUCAUGGGAGGGUUUGCCGGACCUGAUACAAAUUCUGGAAUUGGCGAUUUGAGGCAAGCCAAGUCUAGAUUGGGCUUGUCAUAUGCUAAAAGAGCAGAUGGAAAGGAGUCUAUAUUUGGUGAAGAACCCAAGGCCACCCUUGAAGAAGUCCAAGUUUUUUGCAGUCCUCAAAUUGCAAGUUUAUAUUAAUUAAGGAUAUUUUUGAGGUAUGUAUGCAUGCAGGUGAGACUUAAUUUUGAAGAAUAAAUUGUCCAUUUCUUUCAAAAUCUAGGCCUUCUUUUAAAGGUGGUGCCUAGGUGAGAAAUGAAUUUCUUAAUUGCCAUCAACUGUAGGUCCAGGAAGAUAUGUUAGAAAACUCUGGCCAACUGUAAUUAAAUAAUCUUCCGUAAAGUUUCAAAAGAGGGAAGUACAAAUUCA